AUGUUCAGCGGGACGGUGCGCGUGCGGGUGUGCGAGGCGACGGGCCUCCGGCCGACCGACUUUCAGAAACGGCAUAACAUGACCUUCGGGAAGCCAGACGACCAGCCGAUAGACCCGUACGUCUCGAUCGACGCCGACGAGCAUCAUCUAGAUAAGUCGAGCACCAAACCCAAAACAUUCGACCCUGUGUGGAAUGAAUCUUUUACACACGAAGUGCACAAUGUCACCAGUUUGGGCAUCACUGUGUUCCAUGAUGCUGCAAUUCCUCCUGAUGACUUUGUUGCAAACUGCACUAUUCCUUUCGAAGAUCUGAUUCAUCGUGAUAAAGAUGCUACAGAUUUUUGGGUGGAUUUAGAACCUCAAGGAAAGUUGCAUCUGAAGAUUGAUCUGCAAUGGAACUCUCAAGUGAGCGGGGCGGGGCACGCGGCGCCGGGCGGCACGCGUGCGGCGCGCGGCCGCGAGUUCAAAGAGGGCGCGGGGUUCGCGCGGCGCCGCGGGGCCAUGCGCCGCCGCGUACACCAGGUCAACGGGCACAAGUUCAUGGCCACCUUCCUGCGGCAGCCCACCUUCUGCAGCCACUGCCGGGAGUUCAUAUGGGGCAUCGGAAAGCAGGGAUACCAGUGUCAAGUGUGCACGUGCGUGGUGCACAAGCGCUGCCACUCCUCCGUGGUCACCAAGUGCCCCGGCAUGAAGGAAGAGCAACACAGCGGCGUGGGCGUGUCGGGCGGGCAGCGCUUCAACGUGAACGUGCCGCACCGCUUCGUGGUGCACUCCUACAAGCGCUUCACCUUCUGCGACCACUGCGGCUCGCUGCUCUACGGCCUCAUCAAGCAGGGCCUGCAGUGCGAGGUGUGCUCGAUGAACGUGCACAAGCGGUGCCAGAAGAACGUGGCCAACAACUGCGGCAUCAACACCAAGAUGAUGGCGGAGAUCCUCAACGAGAUGGGCAUCUCGCCCGACAAGAACCCGCGCCCGCGCGCCUCCAAGUACUUGAACACGCCGCUGUCGGAAAUCCCGGGAGACCUGGCGGCCGACGACGGCAAGGACGACAAACACGAGGACAAAUGUGGCGACGACGGCGCCGGACACAAGGUGUCGCUCGAGGACUUCCACUUCAUCAAGGUGCUGGGCAAGGGCUCCUUCGGGAAGGUCAUGCUCGCUGAGAAGAAGGGCACGGAUGAGGUGUACGCGGUGAAGGUGCUGAAGAAGGACGCCAUCAUCCAGGACGACGACGUGGAGUGCACGCUGACGGAGCGGCGCGUGCUGGCGCUGGCGGCGCGCCACCCGUUCCUGACGGCGCUGCACUGCGCCUUCCAGACGCCGGAGCGCCUGUUCUUCGUGAUGGAGUACGUGGACGGCGGCGACCUCAUGUUCCAGAUCCAGCGCGCGCGCAAGUUCGACGAGCCGCGCGCGCGCUUCUACGCCGCCGAGGUCACGCUCGCGCUGCAGUUCCUGCACGCGCACGGCGUCGUCUACCGCGACCUCAAGCUCGACAACAUCCUGCUGGACGGCGACGGCCACUGCAAGCUCGCCGACUUCGGCAUGUGCAAGGAGGGCAUCGUCGACGGUGCCACUACGACUACGUUCUGCGGCACUCCAGACUAUAUCGCUCCUGAGAUCCUGCAGGAGCUGGAGUACGGGCCGUCGGUGGACUGGUGGGCGCUGGGCGUGCUGCUGUACGAGAUGCUGGCGGGGCAGCCGCCCUUCGAGGCCGACAACGAGGACGACCUGUUCGAGUCCAUCCUGCACGACGACGUGCUCUACCCCGUCUGGCUCUCCAAGGACGCCGUCUCCAUACUCAAGGGGUUCAUGACGAAGGCGCCGGCGCGGCGGCUGGGCGUGGCGGGCGGCGCGGCCGGCAUCCGCGCGCACGCCUUCUUCCGCGACGUGGACUGGGACGCGCUGGCGGCGCGCCGCGUGCGCCCGCCCUUCCGCCCCAAGGUGAAGAGCAAGCGCGAGGCGGCCAACUUCGACGCGGAGUUCACGAAGGAGGAGCCGUGCCUCACGCCCGUGCCGCCCGACGUGCUGCGCGCCAUCAACCAGGAGGAGUUCAAGGGCUUCUCGUUCGUGAACAAGGACUUCAACCCGGCGCCGCCGCAGCCC